AAACGAGUUCUGCUAAUUCUUUUAAUUUGUUAAUAAUUACAAAUUUUUAAAGAGAAAAUGUUGGACCUUAAUCUUUUUCAACCUGAUAAGGGUGGUGACCCUGGACUUAUUCGAGAAUCUCAACGAAAAAGAGGAGCUCCUAUUGAAUUAGUUGACAAAGUCAUUGAUAUGUAUGAUAAUUGGAGGAAAGUAAGAUUUGAAUUAGAUCAGAUCCUCAAAAAACAAAAUUCAAUUCAAAAGGAAAUUGGUUUAAAAAAAAAGAAUAAAGAAGAUGCAUCAACACUGAUUGCAGAGAAAGACUCCCUUAGUUCUGAAAAAGAUCGUCUUACCGCUCUAGAAAAAGAAAAAGAAGAGUCUCUUAGAGUAACAGCUGCUACUAUUGGUAACAUUGUCCAUCAUUCAGUUCCUACUUCAUUAGAUGAAACAGAUAAUGAAAUUAUUAGAAAAUGGGAACCACCAGCAGAUACGGAAGGUGGAGAUGGUGAGAGAAAACCUAUUAAAAAAACAGGUAUCCUUUCACAUCAUGAAGUGUUAUAUAGAAUUGACGGAUAUGAUCCUGAAAGAGGAACAAAUAUUGCUGGUCAUCGAGGUUAUUUUUUGACAAAUGAUGGUGUGGAUCUUAAUAUGGCACUUAUACAAUAUGGACUUUCAUUUUUGAGGAAGAGGGGUUAUAAAAAAUUGCAGACGCCAUUUUUUAUGAGAAGAGAAUAUAUGGCAAAAACUGCUCAAUUAGAACAAUUUGAUGAAGAGUUAUAUAAAGUUCUUGAAGAAAAAAGUGAAGAGAAAGAUGAAAAAUAUUUAAUUGCAACGUCAGAACAACCUAUUUCGGCCUUUCAUGCGAAUGAAUGGUUUGAACGACCAUCGGAACAAUUGCCAUUAAAAUACGCUGGAUAUUCUACAUGUUUCCGUAAAGAAGCUGGAGCUCAUGGAAAAGAUACAUGGGGAAUUUUUAGAGUUCAUCAAUUUGAAAAAGUUGAGCAAUUUGUUAUUACUGAACCAGAAAAAUCUUGGGAACAGUUUGAUGAAAUGAUUAAAUUUUCUGAGGAAUUUUAUCAAUCACUUGGACUACCUUAUCAAAUAGUUUCAAUUGUUUCUGGAGCACUUAAUAAUGCUGCAGCAAAAAAAUAUGAUUUAGAAGCUUGGUUUCCUUAUCAAGGGGAAUAUAAAGAAUUAGUUAGUUGUUCAAAUUGUACUGAUUAUCAAUCCAGAAGGUUGGAAAUUAGAUGUGGUGUAAAAAAAAUGGGUGAUCGUGAAAAGAAAUAUGUACAUUGUUUAAACGCUACGUUAUGUGCUAGUGAGAGAGCUUUAUGUUGCAUUCUGGAAAAUUAUCAAACACCUGAGGGUGUUGUUAUACCAGAAGUACUUCGUCCAUACAUGGAUGGUAGGGAUUUCUUACCAUUUAUUAAAGCUUUACCAAAGAAAAAAUAAAGUCGUAUUAUUUCUUUUUAUGCAUCAUAAUUUUGAAGUGACUUCAGAUUGUAAUCCUAAAAAUUGUUAGAUUUUUUAAUUUGAAUAAAAUAAAUUGAAGCAUAUGUAAUUUUAAAAUGCACGAACAUAAAGGAUUGUAAGUUUAUUACAACGACAUUGCAAUCUCAUAAUUACGAAACAUUUGUAACACAUUUUUUUUUAUGUUUUAUAAAAUCAUUUAUU